GGUAAAUGCUGAAAUUACAAAAAAGUAGGCAUUGGAAUUCAAGAAAGAGGAUUUUUUGUUUUACUAUGCCCAGCUAUGUUGAAUUAUUUUGGUAUAGCGAUCAAUUGGAAGCAUUGGUGUAUUGUAGCUUUCGUUGUUUCGCAUAUAGCUCCCGCACAAUGCUCUUGGUCAUUGGUGCUGAUUAUUGUGUCCCCCCGAGACAACAAUGGUGCCUCAGCUGGCGAAACGUUUUGUUUAUUCCCACCGCGUUAAAGCAACGUUCGACGUUUGCCGGAAAACCACCAAUAAGUUCGGAUAGCCCGAUGAAUCAAUGCUUAGAUCGAAGAUGCACUCUGGGUUUCGACGAAUGCGUCACAUUUUUCGGGUUAUGCCCAAUAUUUAUCCCGGUACUCUACAUCACUUACCUGAGGCGGACGUAAAUGGUUCAGCGAGUGCUUG